AUGUUUAUCGACAUACAAAUCAACAACCCUCUCAACUGCCACAUCAAGCGCAACCUGGAAGGCAUCGUAUCCGAGGCCCGCAGAUUCUGCAUGAACGACAGCCGCGGCGUGGACCUCGCUGUCAACAUACAGCUCUUCUUUCUACACGCCAAUCCCCUCUACCAAGGGCUUGUGGACCUCCAGCAUGAUAUCGACUACAGUAACCAGCUAGACUGUGAGCUCUCCGAUCUGGCGGGAAAGCGCGCUGAAGCGCUUGAGUCGCUCAAGAAGAUCGAGCCGCUGCGCCGGCGCUAUCAAGAAGGACAGCCAUGCUACAACGCUUGGUGGAAGAGCAGGGUGUUGGGAGUUAUGUCGGCUCUUGCGGAGAUCAAUCCUGACUUUUGA